AUGGUGGAGGAAAACUGCACCGUGGUAACAGAAUUCGUUCUCCUCGGGCUGUCAGACGUCCCUGAGCUGAGACUCUUCCUCUUCCUGGUGUUCCUUGUCAUCUAUGGCGUCACCGUCUUGGCCAACCUGGGCAUCAUGGCCCUGAUUCAGGUCAGCUCCCAACUUCACACCCCCAUGUACUUCUUCCUGAGCCACUUGUCCUUUGUAGAUUUUUGCUAUUCAACAGCGAUAGUGCCAAAGAUGCUGGCUAAUAUGUUAAACAAGGACAAAGCCAUCUCCUUCUUGGGGUGUAUGGUGCAGUUCUACUUAUUCUGUACGUGGGUGGUCACUGAGGUUUUCCUAUUGGCUGUUAUGUCCUAUGACCGUUUCUUGGCCAUCAGUGGCCCCCUACUGUAUACGGUCAUCAUGUCGCCCAAGCUGUGUAUGGAGCUGGUUUCUGUCUGCUAUCUCUGUGCCUGUGUGUGUGCUCUGAUUCACUUGUGUUUAACGCUGAAAAUCCCAUCCUAUAAGUCAAACGUGGUUAACCACUUUUUCUGUGACCUACCACCUAUAUUCUCUCUUGCCUGCUCUGACGUGUCGAUGAAUGAACUCAUGGCAUUUAUUGUGCCCACUGUUAAUGAAAUCCUCACCAUCAUGGUCAUCCUCUCCUCCUAUUGGUUCAUUCUCAUCACCAUCCUGAGGAUGCGCUCGGCGGAGGGACGGCGCAAAGCAUUUUCCACCUGCGCCUCCCACCUCGCAGCCGUCGCUGUCUUCCACGGAACCAUCCUCUUCCUCUACUGCAGACCCAGGCUGGGCAACAGUCGGAAGGCGGACAAAGUGGCCACAGUGUUCUAUACGGUCGUGAUUCCCAUGCUGAACCCACUGAUCUAUAGCCUGAGGAACAGGGAUGUGAAAGAAGCUCUCAAGAAAGUGGCAAGAUCCAAAUUACUUUCCAAGGGUCCAUUUUCUUAG